AUUACAUAGAUAUAUUAACAUAUUCGGACAGAACCAGCUUGGGCAUAAAAAUGGAGCUUCAUCAGAAAUAUUUUUGACACCCGAAUUCAAAGUUUCUUAUUCGAUUUUAGUGGGAGACAUCAACGGCAUUAGACUGAGUUAAAAAGUGUGAUUGGUGUGUUUUACAGCAACGAGCAGCGGCGGCAAUGGCAGCAUUGGUGAUGGAUCAUGGCUGGGUGAAAAAAUGAAGAAGAUGAGCCUAAAAAAAAAAUUAAAAAUAAUAAUCUUUCAUGUAUUUACACACACAUUUCAUGUAUUUUUAGAGGGGUAUUUUUGACCCUUUUCCUUUUAAAAAAUACUCUAUUCUUUUUCCUUUUUAGUAAAACUUUGAAAAUUAAUUUUGUUGAAAUUGCCUGUUUUCCCAUUUUCCAGUAAAAGUUCACAAAGUUUUCUGCAAUUAAAAAUAGCGUGGAAUUUCCGUGACUAAAAAGUCUAAAAUCUAAAGGUAAAUUAUCAGCACACCCAUUCAAUCAAAACUCUUUCAGAAAAAAAAUAGCAAAAACAUCCAUGGAAGAAAACAAAAUUACCAACAUAAUUAAAGAAACUCCUUUAUUAGAGUGGCCUCAACAAGCAUGGACUAAUUUACAAUUAGUUCGUCAAAACUCACCAUUAAUUCAAUGCAUAACAAACUUUGUUUCAAUGGAUUUUAUGGCAAACACUCUUUUAUCAGCAGGUGCAUCACCAGCAAUGAUACACUCCAUUGAUGAAAUCCCUGAAUUUACACCAAAAACCCUUGGAGUUUGUAUAAAUGCUGGAACACUCACACCUGACUGGUUACCUGCUAUGAUGUUGGCUGCACAGGUUGCUAACCAGUUUAAGAAGCCUUGGGUGCUUGAUCCUGUUGCUGCUGGUGGAUCAAGUUUCCGGUUAAAUGCGUGUUUGGACCUACUUGCUUUAAGGCCUAGUGUUGUUAGAGGCAAUGGGUCUGAGAUUCUUGCUCUUUUUAAGGGUUCUGUUGACUCAAAUUCUAAGGGUGUGGAUAGUGUACACGGUUCAAGCGAUGCUGUUGAAGCCGCAAAAUCCCUUGCUCAACAACUUGGUAGUGUAGUUGCUGUUUCUGGAGCUGUUGAUUUUAUCACCGAUGGUGAUAGGGUCGUCUGUGUGCAUAAUGGGGUGCCUAUGUUGCAAAAAAUUACUGCAUCUGGAUGUUCCGUCUCUGCUCUCAUUACUGCCUUUGUCGCAGUUGAUCCAUCUCAUGCAGUUGAAGCGACAGCUUCUGCAUUGGCUAUCUUUGGUGUCGCCAGUGAGAUAGGGAUGGACAUGGCUAAAGGUCCAGCUUCACUGCGGACACAAUUGAUUGAUUCGUUAUAUGGACUUGAUGAAGCUACUGCACUUGGUCGAGUAAGAAUCAGCCACUUCUAAUGCUUAGAGGAGAAAUGAAUGUGUCAUUGUCUAUUAGACCAAAUGUGAAGUUUUGUAGCAUCAAGUAUAUGUCGAAUAGUCCCUUCAUGUUUUUACUUGUUAGAUUUUUUACAUACUUUAACCCGUAAUAAAAACAUGCGUUUUUAAGUA